AUGAGCAGCACCAACGACUAUUACCCUACUCACUCCAUCCUGCAGGACGCCUCAGCUGCCACCACCUCUCAGCCUCUCGUGCAGUGCGCCGCCUGCGGCAAGGAGCCCAAGGACGUGGUCGAGUCGCCGUGCUGCGGUGACGUGUGGUGCUGGCAGUGCGCCGUCGAGCGCCCGGCCCUCGACGCCCACUGCCCGUGCGGGCGCGAGCUGGCCCUCGAGGACUUCCGCCCGGCCAAGGCCAUCCAGGCACUACUCAAGCGGGCCGCCACCUCUGGUGGUGUGGUCUGGCCCAGGCCCUACGCCGAGAUCGCCCACGACGACCUCUUGCCGUGCCCGGAGAGCUGCGGGGCCGUGAUGGAGGACCACAUGAAGGAUAACGUAGCGCUGCACCUCGAGCAGCUCCACGCCACAGUUGAGGCCCAGAAGACCCAGAUCGCGCAGCUGGUGAACGAGCGCCAGAUGGCCGACCAGGCGCCACCCAAGGGCCGCCGCUGCAUGUCGCACUUCGACCAGAGGGUGGGGGCGAUGGUAGUGCUGUACCUGGUGGCUGUGCUGGUGCUGGUGGGCGUCCCGCUGAUGGCCAAGCUGGUGGUGGUCGCCGGCGCGAUGAUAGGCCUGCACUGGGGCUUCAAGCGCUGGGCGGGCAGGCUGCGCAUGCCGCGGUCGCCCUUCAACACCGCCGAGACCAAUCUCCUCUUCGCCCUGCUCUGCACCGCCAUCUUCUUCUCCCUCAGUCCCCUCUACUUCCUCCGCUCACUGUAG